AUGGCACCCAGAUUAUCGCUCCUGCAGGUCGAAAUUGCUCGUGACAUGAUUCUCAGUAAAGAACCGCUAACCAACGCCGAGAUUGCGAGAGUCGCUCAAUGCAAUGAACGCUCAGUCACUAAUAUCUGUCGCAACCUCAAGCUCUUUGGGACACCCCGAGCCCCUGAAAACCGUGUCGGCCGACGAAAAAGCGUUACACCUCACAUGCUACAAGUUCUUUGCGAUCAUCUGCAUAAGAACCCCGAAUCAUAUCAUGACGAGAUGGCUGUGUUUCUGUGGGAUGAAUUUGACGUCUGGGUGACAAGUCAGCAUGUGACUAAAUUUGUCUAUCGAAAAACGCCACGCCUGGCUUACGAAGAUUUUGACGGAACUGGCAAUCCUAUGAAGGGAUCUCGAUCCACUACUCUCCCAAUAUCACACAUCCUCGUUCUUCUCAACAAUGGCGACGGCGGCGGCGGCGGCGGCAACAACAACGGCAACCCAGACGAUCCAGACAGUAGUUGCACCGAGGCAUCUACCAAGACAAACUAUUGGGUUACAUUACCGAGUCUAGACUCGAACUCGACAUCGUGCAGCACAACAAGCAGCAUGCUCGCUGUCGGUUGCGACAUCACGGCCACAACGACAACAACCGGUGAGUGUGUCUGCAGCAGCUUUAAUCCGGAUGAAGACCAGGGAGACAGCAAUGGCCGGCUCCCUAGCGGAACCACAACUGCCGUCCCAACAGUCUUGGCCACAACGACUACAACCAACAAGCCCUUCACCUCUUCCGAAACUACGGCGAAGACCUCGACUAGGGGCUCGAGUAAGACCUCGACGGCAUCCCCCCCCCCGGCCCGCGACAGCCGCCGACGGCUGCAGCAAAGUCGGAGGCAGCACCACCUGGCGCUACUGGAACCAACAUGA